AGUGAGACAGAAUGGAAAUUACAUUAAUGACUGAAAUUGAGCUUGAGUAUAUAAUUGAUAUUUAUAAAGUUGUAAACAAGGCACCAUUAUAGAGUUGUCCAAACUGUUUUCAAGCCCUCUUCAAGUUCUGUUUAAAUGCUAGAAUGUAUUUGUAAAGCCUGAAUCUCCCUUCAGGUAAUAUCUUUUAGAGGCGUAGGAAACAGAACUUAAAAAGGAGUACAUAUAAGAGGGAGGCUUCGAAGGGUACAGUGAGUUUGCAGAGAGAAGAAAGGAUAUAUUAAAAGAGUUAAAUACAGAGAUCAAGAGAAGCUGAAGAGGUGCAGUUAGCAACAUCCAGAAAUGUGAGAGUGGAUACAUCUGUGGGAACUAAAGGUGUGAGGUUAGAAAUGUCCAAAGGAAUUGAGGAAGUGAGGGAAGAAGAAUCAUGAAAGGAGACGUUGGAGACAUCUGUGAAGGGUGUAGAGAUGAGGUUAGAAACAUCCUCAGCAGUCGAUGAGGGUAACUCGGAGGAGCCCUGAAACAUGAAGUAGUUAAAGUCAGUGAGAUCUAAUGAUUCUGAAGAGGUUGAGGUUUGCUCUGAGAUGUAUGUUGGGGUUGAAGGGAUUUCACAGGAAUCAUCUAAGGAAGCUGAAGAGGUGUGACCAGAGGCAUCUAGGGAGGGUGAAGAAGUGAGACUGGAGAGGUCUAAAGAGGAUGAAGAAGUUGGACUGGAGAAAUCUGGAGAAGGUAUUGAGGUGAGACUUGAGAGAUCUAAGGAGAUUGAGGAACUGUCGCCAGAGAGGUUCAGGGAGCCUGAGGAGGUGAGACUUGAUAGGUCCAGUGAAAUCGAUGAAGUGAAACUGGAGCGCUCCCAGGAAUCUGAAGAAGUGAUACUGGAGAGCUCUAAGGAGACUGAAGAGGAUGUACUGGAGAAGUCUGAAGAGGUUGAAGACGUGAGACUGGAAAGGUCCAGAGAAGAUGAAGAAGUGAGACUGGAAAAUUCCACAGAGGAUGAAGAGCUCAGGCUGGAGAGAUCCAAAGAAUCUGAAAAGGGGAUUUUUUUUAAGAGUUCCAAGGAGGCUGAAGUCUUUACACUGGAGGGGUCCAGGGAGGCCAAAAAGUGAGACCAGGAAGGUCCAGGUACCAUGGGAUAUUCAGACACUGGGCUGCUUACUGGUUAUGUACAGACAUUACAAUAAAAAAUGUACAGAUGUACGUGGCGGCUUCAAGUCAAACCCAGCCUCUCACUAUAAAGGUGCAGAAGAUGGCACAGAGUUCUUCAGAAAGUUAUCCCAAGAGUAUUUUUGGACCAGGGAAGUGGAUAUACGCAACAGGAGACUGCCUUUUCUCAGGGAAGAAAAAAUAAUUGUACAGAAGGAAAACUGCAGUACAAAGAAAAGCCAGUACCAACACGACUUCCAACAGACUGGUCUGCCAAGUUCUCAGCUGGGAAUAAAUAGUCUCUGGAGGAGCCCAGGAUCUGCAGAGAAGAAUUCAGCAGGAAUGCUGAGUCAGGGCCUGAAGCAGUGAUGGAGCAGAUGUUGGGAAGGCAGGGCCAACCCAGGGGAGCUCAGGUGUAAGCAAUGCAUCUGAGUGACUGGAAGGGCUGAAGCCAGGAUCCACCCCUUCCAGCCCUCAUUUAAUGUGAGGGGACCUUACUGGAGAUCCUUGUGUGCCUGAGGCCUUCUGAAGGUAAGCAAACUUUCUUCCUUUGUUUAUGCAUCCAUACCUGCUUCAUUUGGGCUUGUUCUCAUUUGCUGCAGCUACAGGCUUUUCUGCCCUGCUGUUAUUGCUACAUUUUCCAUCAUAUUACAGUAGUACAGUUUCUUUACUUCUAAUUUCACAACGUGUCUAUUAGAUUGCUCUACAAGUCCUGCACAAGUGCAGGAACAAACUUCACACCCUGAAGAACAUGGGCAUUCUAAAAUGACUCAGAGCUUUCAGACAGACUUGUAUGAUCGUCAUUCUUCAGUUCCUCUGUUCACUUUUGAGCCUCAACAGGAUGCUUAUUUUUUCCUUUGAACCCAGUGUCUGUCAGUGCAAAGGGAGUGCAGACUGUGGGCGUUUAGCCUUACCUUACUGGAAGGAAACUCAGCUGUAUGCUCUUAACUGCAAAUGCAGACCACAACAGACAAAACAGCAGUGUUGUAGGCAAUUGUGGUUAAUUCCACACCCCCUCCCACAAUAAGCUGUAAAUCAGUUGCUCACUGCUAUGUGAACAAACAGGUGCUGUCACCCAUUGUUAGCAAGAAGAAAUAUUUUUGGAUAAACAAAGCCUUUUGUUUUCUUAGACUUCAGUCAUUAAAAGAAAAGUAUGUUUUUAGUAUACACAUAGACACAAGUCAUUGCAGCGUUACAAUAAGUUUAAGAAUUUUCCCUUUUCCAUGGCCCCAGUUUUUGUUAUUCCAGAUAGCAAAUAGGGGCAUCUUUCAGAACACUGAAAUGUUAGGCUAUCACCAGGAUUUACAGAGCACAAACGUAAGUCUUUAGCAAAAACUUACAGUGCACAUGGGUGCAUGGAAUCGAGACAACUACACAGCACUGAGAAGUUACAAACCAGACAGAUCUUCUUAAAACACCUUGCAAGUAACGUGAAACAAGUUAAUCCACUGUACUGCUACUUGAGCCAUUCCAAGCACGUAUAAAUCAAGAAAUGAAAAACAAGUUAAGUGUAAUUUACAGUAAAAAUGUUUAGGACCAGAAAAGUGCAAUUUCCAUUACCAGGUUAACACUGAAAUCCCACUGCUAGUAUCACCAAUUCUCAUAUCAUAUGUGAGCAAAAAUCUUUUACACAUUUUUUCAAAACAUUUAAAAAAUGAAUAGCAAAGAUAGCUAAUAAUUUCUGAGUUAGUUACAAAUUCAAGGGAACAGUAGGGACAGAAGUUUUAACAGUGUAAGAAGUCAUCUUUUUAUCUUCUCCAGGCCAUGGAGCUUUGGCUCUAAAGCUCACUCACUUCUGUUUCUUAAAAAAGUUAUUCAGGUGAGUUUGAAGUUCAUCCAAUUUAGCAGCCUACACCUGCAGGUGAGGUGAAGAAUGAGAACACUCAGGUAAGCUGAAAGAGGUAAGGAUCCACCAGACUCCAUUACUGAUUUGUUCUCAUCAUAUUCCUCUAUACCUGCCUUCAGCCCCUUUCUUUCUAGUCCUUGAAUUUUGGCCCUCCAACUGCAACUCCCAUUUUCUUUCCCACCUGUCUCAUUUCUUCUGACCAGCAGAACACACAGCUGCUCUGCACAGGUGUACACCAGUUUCACUACAGCAUCAAAGCAUUCAGCCAUAGCACCUUGCCUUUAUCUGAGCAUUGCCAGCCAUAACACAGCUAUGCAGGCAGCUAGUGAAGAAACCAUCUGAGCAUGCAUGCAUACUGACAGCAGUGCAUGCACUUCCUUCUCUGAUGGAACACACAGUUUGUAGUUGCUGCACAGCCCACCACACCAAAUCAAACAAAGCUUUAGGUGAAGUCUCCUAUUAUGACUAUUGUGGGUAAACAACCAAACUGUUCCAUGAAUGUACAGACUCAAACAGAACCCUUCUGCUCUUAACAACAGAGAGUAUUAGGUUCCAUGUAGAGAGAGAUACUCCUUAACAGUGAAAGAGUAGUAUACAAAUCUCAGUCUAAGUAGAGCGAAAAGCUUCCCAUGUGAUCUAGCAAAGUGAAGUCUGGUCACGGGUUAAUGUGUCAGAGUUGUGGAAAAAAAGCAGUUAGUUAUUAAAGAGCAAGAAAGACCACAGCAGCUGCAAACAGGUUUGAUUUAUUUCCAUUUAAAAAUGUACACUAUAAGAUACACAUCUGAAUAGAAUGAGCUAUUAACUCUGGACUAUUCCUUCACCUCCACACCCCACCCAGAUUACUAAUGUAGCAAUUAAAAUAAAUGAAUAAAACACAGAGGAAUUGGGCAGAACUCAGAUAACGUUUUAUUUAAAAUAAAAAAAACAGGUACAGAAAGCAGUAUCCCUUGGAAGAAUGAGAGUGCGGGCAUAUAAAUAAAAUAGAACAAAGAAAAGCGUGAUCUUUCAAGAAGUUGUUGAAUGCUUGCAAAAAUUAAAUAGUCUGAAGUUUUUUCAGUGCAAGGACAAACUGAAUUCGUACUGUGUAGGCCCUCAGCGCACAAAAAUUAGCACAAGAUAAAACUGACUUUAAAAUGGCAAAGUGAUGCUGAAGGCUGAACAAACAUUGGAAGUCACUUUCAAGCAUUGCAUUUUUUUAAUCAGAAAUUACAGUUUUGCAGAAGUUUCAAAUACACUUCAGUUGAAAUGCUAUUUCAGCUGUGAUAAUCUUCUGUAAAAGCACAACAAACCACAAUAAUUUCAGUUUAUAAAGGUAUUUUCAAAUCAUUUGUUUUAGAAAAAUAUUUAGACUAGUUAAACUUUUAAAAGGUGUAUAUAUACAUACCUCUUUUUUUUCUCCAACUCAUUAUUUUCCCUCUCCAAGUUUCCCACUUAAAAUAAGCUUUUUAUAUAGCAGAUACUACUCGAUGGGCAGUUCCAUAUAACAGAAAUGGCAUGCAACAUAACAUAAAAUAUGCUGGAACAGGUGACAUUGCAGUUCUUAAAGGCUGAGAGUCUUGAGAUUACUUGUAAGCUUAGAAUCAAAAUUGCAGGAAAUGUCUCUGGCACCAGAAUGAAGGACCAGCUGACUUGGGGCUGUACUUUCCUAUUGUUUCUUCACACUGAAGGAGUCAGAUGGGACAGGCAGCCUCUACUGAAGUCAACAGGACUACCAGCAAACUGGUGUAUUAUUUAAGUACUGAUAGCAGGGUCUGAGCUUGAAGUUCACACAGCUGAUCACUGAGGUCAGUACCAAGAAUCCGUAGUACGUACCAGGAAACAAAAGUGUAGAAAACUGGAGGUUUUCAUUUAAAGAGCCUUAUUUUGUGAGCAAAUAAGCCUAAAAUGUAAAGGACCUUCUGGAACUUAGAACACUAUGUUUAAUUUAAAGGACAACAAAAUGUUGUGUUCGUGUAACACGUCACUUCCAGAGCAUGAUUAAGUUAACGAGUAUAUUGUUAGUGUUCUUAAUAUUACUUCUGUUUAUGCUCAGGUAUCUCUAUCCAGCUUCAACAAUGUUUUUUAGUCCUUUACAUGAUUCUUUGAAAUUCUGGAGUGAACAGCUACUCUUUGCAGAAGUGCCAUCAGCUUAUGAAAUUUUAAGGCUCUGUGCAUAUUGUACCCCUUUAUUUAAUGGGCUCUUAGAAAUGGAGUUAUUCCAUAAGUUUAAGAUAAAGUUUUAGCUCACAUUUCUGCGAGUCCAGCCCAGCAGCAUCAAACUUAGGAACAGAAUUCAGAUGUUAGCAGAUAAGAGACACUUCUGAAUGUUCUACCUAUGCUGACUGAAGAAGAAUGGAGUACCAGGUUAGCUCAACUAGUCUAACUAGUUAAAAAGCAUAUAAAAAUAUUAUCUUCGUUCUUUUGUUUUUCAAGCUUCAAGUAAUAAACUUUCUGUUAAACCGA